UUUAUUCAUAAUCGAAUGGCUUAUUUAGAUAUUAAUGCACCUUUAAGAACAGACCAGUCAUUUCGUUCAAAAAUGGAUGAAUUUUAUCAUAAAGAUGUAAGCCCACUUGAAUAUUUGCCCAUAGAUAUUACUUCUUCUGUUGUGUUAGAAUAUAUGCACAAUAUUUGUUUGGGUGUUAUGAAAAGAUUAUUGGCAUUUUGGGUAAAAGGUAAAAAACCAGUGCGCUUUGAGGAUCCUGACACUAUUACUAAUGAAUUAAUUAAAAUAAAAUCAUUUUUUCCUGUUGAAUUUAACCGUUUACCAAGAACUUUAGAAGAAUUUGAGUACUGGAAAGCUAGCGAAUUUAGAACAUUUCUCAUUUAUACAGGACCAAUUGUCUUAAAAGGACGGAUAAAAAACUCUUUUUAUAAACAUUUUAUGCUUUUAAGUUGUGCCAUAAGAUUGUUAAUUUCCUCUAAAACUGCAUAUACUUAUAAUAAUGUUGCUAAAAUGUUAUUAAGACAAUUUGUAAAUGAAUAUUCAGAACUCUACGGUAAAGAAUAUGUAGGUUAUAAUGUACAUGGCCUAAUUCAUAUCAAUGAUUUUGUGUUACUGCAUGGAAAUUUGGAUGCUUUUUCUGCAUUUAAGUAUGAAAAUUAUUUACAGUUUGUAAAACAUAGUUGCAAAAAUUCUAGAUAUCCUCUUCAGGAUACAUAUAAUCGUAUAAUAGAAAAAAUCAAUACUAUGUCAACUUUUUUAAACUGUUAUAUUAGAUUGGUACCUCCUACUUACUUAAUGUCUUAA